GCCGGAGAAACACAAUUCUCCUGGGUUCGUAAAAUUAGAGGACAAGCAUAAACAACUAAUAGAAAUGGAGAAAUCACUGUUGAGAGAGACUAUUGAAAUCAUCCAGAAGGCGGCUCCACUGAUGGAGGAAGUCUCCCUUCUAAUUGAUGCUGUUUCUCGGAUUUAUGAGCCGUUUCUGAUGGUUAUAGUGGGGGAAUUUAACUCUGGAAAAUCAACGGUUAUCAAUGCACUUCUUGGGAAGAGAUACCUGAAAGAGGGGGUAGUCCCCACUACCAAUAAAAUCACUUUUCUGUGCUACUCUGACUUGGAAUCCGAAGAGCAACAACGUUGCCAAACACAUCCAGAUGGCCAAUACGUAUGCUAUCUUCCUGCACCAAUACUUAAGGAUAUAUAUAUUGUUGACACACCUGGGACCAAUGUGAUCCUUCAAAGGCAGCAGCGUCUUACAGAAGAAUUCGUUCUUUCUGCUGACCGCCCUUUAACUGAAAGUGAGGUUGCGUUUCUCUGGUACACACAGCAGUGGAAAAAGAAAUUUGUGUUUAUUCUGAAUAAAUCUGAUAUCUACCGUGAUGCUCGUGAGCUUGAGGAAGCUAUUUCAUUUGUUAAAGAGAAUACACGGAAGUUGCUUAAUACAGAAAAUGUGAUAUUGUAUCCGGUGUCCGCAUGGUCUGCUCUUGAGGCAAAGCUUUCAACAGCUUCUUUGGUUGGCAGAGAUGAUCUUGAGGUCUCGGAUCCUGGAGAACAAGAUCUUGAAGUAGAUAUUGAAGCUGGUCGAUCUGAUGUUACACAAGAAUCCACAUCAGAUACUGUUUCAGGCAAUGGGGUCUGGAGUGACCGGGUGAAUUUGGGUGUUUCUGAAAAGAUUGCUGAUGAUCUGAUCUAUCCAUUUAUGGGAGACGAAAAGCAGGUAGAAACUAGCAGUCACAGUUUGGGUCUUGCAGAGAUAAAAUGCACUAAUGGAAAGUUUAAGAAGUCGAGAAAAGCUUCAAAGCCUCCGAGACCUCCAAAAGGUCCUUCCUUGAGUGAGAACGACCGUAAGAUCAUGAGGGACAUACAAGACCUAGCUAUGAGAAAGCGUGCGAGGAUUGAAAGGAUGAAAAAUUCUCAAAAAAGAAUGAAAGCAACCAAGUCGUCACCAUCAUCUCCAUGCAUUAGCAUUUUCUCGAUGAUAAUAACGGCUCUAUUCUUCGCCUUUCUGGUCUUUCAAGGAUUCUCCACUGGCAGUUCGAGUAUGAGUUCGGACAAAUCACCUGCACCAACUGUUUCACCUAACAACCAAUUGAUUUCAGUUCAGUUGUACAAUGAUUUUGCUCCCGUUGAGCAAACCGAUACCAGCCCGACCACCUCAUUCAGGUACACGAGGAAGCGAAUUUCGGGUGCAGAAGAAGAAGACUCGAGAGACGUUAAUAGAUGAGUUCUCUGUUUGGUCUUGACUCAAACUGUUAACUCUUUUGGUCAAAGUUUUGUUCAUAGGCUAAAAUUUGUAAAAACCGACGGCGUUUUAAACAAUGAUGAUGAUGAUGAUAUUCACUAACCGGGAGAGUUUUCAAUUGUAUUUUGAAAAUAAAAGAUUGUGAGCAUC